AUAACUCGAAAGUAAAGCAGUCUGUCACUCCCAGAAUCCAUUAAAAAAUAAAGAAAAGUCAAAGAAUUUCUCUAAUCUCGAGCGUUCUCUUUCUCUUUCUCUCUCUCUCGAUGAGAAAAUGAAUUCUGUUUUGAACUCGGUUAAUGAUUUCAUUUCCUCGAAAUCGACCAAAGAGUAUGCGAAGAAGGAACUCAAUGCGAUUCUAUGGGUUGCGUUGAUUACGAUUACUGUUUUCUCGCUUGAAAAGGUUUUUAAGCUCUUUAGAUUGUGGUCUAAAGCUAGUCAGAUCCCCGGUCCGCCUUGCAACUCCUUUUUCGGACAUGGGAACCUCGGUUCUCGCGAGAAUUUCAUCGAUCUUUUAUCGUUGGCGCAUGAUAAAUAUGGAUCAGUUUUCAAGUUGUGGCUGGGACCAACUCAGCUUUUGGUAUCUAUAAAAGAUCCAACCCUAAUCAAAGAGAUGCUUUUAAAGGCUGAAGAUAAAUUGCCUUUCAUUGGGAAGGCAUUUCGUUUGGCCUUUGGACGAUCAAGUCUCUUCUUCUGUUCGUAUGACCAGGCACAAAAGAGAAGAGAAUCACUGGCAUUGGAAUUGAAUGGUAAAAUGCUUGGAAGAGCAAAUGUAAUCCCUAAAAAUGUUGUGGACUGUAUCAUGGAAAGAGUAGAUGCUAUUAUGAGCAAAGGAAGUGUUGAUUGUAAAUCAGUUUCACAGCAUAUGGCUUUUACCAUUUUGGGGACCACGCUUUUUGGGGAUACAUUCCUGGCUUGGUCCAAGGCAACUUUUUAUGAAGAGCUUCUGAUGAUGAUUGCUAAAGACGCUUCUUUUUGGGCUUCAUAUAGAGUUACGCCUUUCUGGAAACGAGGAUUUUGGAGGUACCAGUCAUUGUGCACAAAGUUGAAAUGCUUAACUGUUGACAUUGUUCAACAGUGUGGCAAAAAUUAUGGAUUAUUUUCCCAUAUGGAUCAAAACUCUCACAUUGGAAUAGAAAAGGUUGGAAUAAAGGCUGCAUCUGGUGCGCCACCUUCUAAUGGUGUUGAGAUGCAAGAUAAAUUAUUCUCACCAGAGCUUGAUGGCCAUCUUAAUGAAAGAGAAGAACCAUGUGGAAACAUUAUGGGCGUGAUGCUUCAUGGAUGCAUAGCCACAGCAAGUUUGAUUGGUAGUAUCCUGGAGAGGCUUGUUACAGAUGUGGAGAUACAGGAUAAGAUAUACUCUGAGAUAAUAAAGGUAAAGCAGGGGUCUGUGAAAGAAGAUCAAAAUGUUGAGAAGAUGCUUUUGUUAUUGGCAACUAUUUAUGAAUCAGCCCGUCUUCUGCCAGCAGGACCGUUGCUGCAGAGGUGCUCUUUGAAAGAUGAUUUGAUUUUUAAAAGCGGUGUAGUCGUACCAGCUGGAGCAGUACUUGUUGUGCCUGCACAGCUGCUGCAGAUGGAUGAUUCUAGUUGGGGCAGUGAUGCUAGCAAAUUUAAUCCAUAUCGAUUUUUGUCAAAAGCCAGAAAGGAUUCUGAUUUGGUGCAGGAUACAUCAUUUACAGAAGAAGCUGUGGAUCCAAGUCAGUGUUCAUUCAUUCUGAAUGAUCCAAAUGAUAAUGCUGCUUUUCUUCCCUUUGGUUCUGGUAUGCGGGCCUGUGUGGGUCAGAAAUUUGCUAUCCAUGGAGUUGCCACUUUGUUUGCUUCAUUGCUUCAACGUUAUGAGGUAAGGCUCAAUCCUCAGUUGGCAAACAACCCUAAAUCAACAACUGGACAACAGAUAGUGUUCGUGAGAAGAAACAGCUGAAAGAUGAAAAAAUGUGGAGGUUAUGUUGUGAAUACUUGUCCUUGUUACAACUCCAAUUGUUGUAUUUCCCUUUUUUCGGUCAUUAGCUACGAGGGGAGAGGAUGUUACAUGAGUCUGUUUUGUGGGCUCUUGUUUUUUCUUCGCCCUGUUUUAAAUAGUUCAAGUGCUGUCAAAGCGGCAUGCUAUUUCUCCCAUGUCUCUGAAGCACUCUGAGCCUAUAUUUGCUAUGGAGCCAUAUGGUUUUCUUCCCCAUUUGUUCUUCGUAUUCUUCCCUCCGAUUUUGAACGUUUGUUUUUUUACUCUCUCAAAAGUGGGAGUUUAUGUUGUAUCUUGAAGCUUACAAAAUACUGUAUAAGGCUUUUAGCAUGUUGGUUGGUUGAAUAAAUGUUUUGCAUGCUAAUGGUUCAGUAUU